AUGUUUGCCAAGAAAGCCACUACCCAAACUCCCGUUCCCCCCAUUGGAUCUGGAUCUGGAUCUACUUUUGAUUCCUCCUCUCAGCCCGACCUCCCAGAAGGCGUAAACGCCAUCGUUGACCCCCGCCUCUUGCUCCCAGAAAAAGUCGCACCCGCUUGGCCCGCAAACUCCGAAUUCGAUCUCCGAAUCUACACCUCCCCCUCCGACUCCUACACCUCUCUUGACUUCUCCGACCCUUCUUCGCUAUUGCUCCACGAACGCUCUCUUCACCUCGGUGACUGGAAUGAUGAGCGUGUUGUCGAGGUCGUCAUCCCCGCUACCACAGCGAUGCAAAACAACGGGUCUUUGUAUGCGCAUAUCGUGUUGGCUAGGGAUGGUGCGGAGGUUGAUCCGGGAAGGGAGGAGUAUGAUGGGAAGAACGUCGCGAGGAUGACGAAAAUGUUGAACAGAUACCAAAAACUGAAGCGGAACAAGAAGACGAAAAACCUCCUCGACAAAUACGCGGAAGAGGCGGAGGAGGAGGAGGAGGAGGAGGUUGCCGCUGCGCCGAUCAUCCCAGGCUUGAACUUUGGACAGGAUCAACCCCAACCCCCUAUCGUAUCCUACUGGUCCCCAAACCUAACCCUCGCCGUCAUCGCCGAUACGGGUGAACUCCCAUUCACGACCCUCCCCCCCGUCGUGAAAGACUACGUCCACAUCAUCGAAGGCGACAUCCGCGACGACACCGGCAAGGUCGGAUUCUACUACCCCAUCGUCUUCCCCAACGAAUUCUGGACCCUAGAUUCCUACCUCUACCCACUCAACUCCACAACCCCCCUCCUCCCCCUCAAAAUCACUAUCCACCCCCUCUCUUGGUUUAAAUUCCAGAUGUACGCGAGCGUGGAUUACUCCUUCAAGCAACAAGCCGCGAGCGGACAACUGGGUGGAGGCGAGGUGGAGGAGUUGAAAAGGGUUGUGUUGGAGACGAAUGUGUGGUUGUUGGGGAUUACUGUUGUUGUUAGUUGUUUGCAUAGUUUGUUCGAGUUUUUGGCGUUCAAGAACGAUAUCGUCCACUGGCGCCAAAAGAAGGACAACACCGGUAUCUCCCUCCACGCAAUCCUCUCCAACGUCUUCAUGCAACUCAUCAUCUUCCUCUACCUCCUCGACAACAACGACAACACGUCAUGGUUGAUCCUCAUCGGACAGGGAUUUGGGAUUUUGUUGGAGGCGUGGAAGAUUACGAAGGCGGUUGAUGUUAGGGUUGAGGGGUGGAGAGUGAAGUUUGAGGAUAAGAAUGAGUUGACGGAGACGGAGAGGGAGACGAAGGAGUAUGAUGGGAUUGCGUUCAAGUACCUCAUCUGGGCCGCAAUCCCCCUCUUGUUGGCAUACGCCGCAUACUCCCUACUCUACGACACUCACAAAUCCUGGUACUCCUUCGUCGUAACAACCCUCGUCGGCUUCGUCUACACCUGGGGCUUCCUAACCAUGGUCCCCCCCCUCUACAUCAACUACCGCCUCAAAUCCGUCGCACACAUGUCUUCCCGCGUCAUGAUGUACAAAUUUCUCAACACGUUUAUCGAUGAUUUGUUUGCGUUUGUGAUUAAGAUGCCGACGUUGCAUCGGUUGGCGUGUUUGAGGGAUGAUGUUGUGUUUUUUGUGUAUUUGUGGCAGUUGUGGAGGUAUCGGGUUGAUAAGACGAGGGUUAAUGAGUUUGGGCAGGAUGGGGAGGCGGAGACGGGGGUAGCUGCGCUGGCGCAUAUGAAGAAGGCGAUUGAGCCGGAGGAGAAGGAGGUUAAGGAAGACAAGAAGGACAUUUAA